AUGAUUGUUUCUCCGUCGGACUCGUCAACCGCAUCAGAGGAGCUGCAAUGGCAAACGCCAACAACAAAAGAAACACUGGAGCCUGAAAUUCUCGCAACACCUGAUGAAAAAGAUGAUGUCGAUGUCGAAAAGGCGGAAAGCAGCAGACCUGCGUCGCGUUCUGGCUUCUUCUCUAAACUAUUAGCGAGACGCAAAAAGGAUCAGGAUCAAACGAUUUUACCAGUCAUAAUUCCUCUUACAGACCUUGACAAAGGCAUUGUCGGCUGGGAAAGUCAAGAUGAUCCCGAUAUGCCACUCAACUUUCCCAGCGGCCGCAAGUGGCUCAUCACGAGUCUCCUUUCGAUCAUCACAUUCAUGACGCCUUUUGCAUCAUCUAUCCUUGCUCCUGCUCUAGCAGCAAUGCAGAAAGAUUUUGGCGUCACUGAUGUUACAUUGGGAUCGAUGCCUGUCAGCAUCUUCCUGCUAGGAUAUGCGAUUGGACCGAUACUGUUAUCGCCAUUGUCCGAAAUCUAUGGCCGAAAUCUGAUUCUCCUCACCGCAAGUGCGUGGUUCUGCGUCUGGCUUGUCGGCUGUGCGCUUGCCCCAUCGCUCAACACGCUGAUAUUCUUCCGGUUCAUGACUGGCAUUGGCGGUUCGGGCAGUUUAACCAUUGGCGGCGGAAUCCUUGCUGACAUGUUCCCUGUAACUAGCCGCGGGAAAGCCAUGACGAUCUGGAUGCUGGGUCCCAUUGUUGGGCCUUCCAUUGCGCCUGUGAUUGGCGGCUUUGUGUCCGAGACAAUUGGCUGGCGUUGGACUUCGUGGUUAUCCUGCAUCCCUGCUGCUGUUACGGUGGUGGCGAUGAUUUUUCUCAGCCGCGAAACAAACGCUCAUGUGUUGAUUGCGCAAAAGACGAAGAAACUGCAGAAAGAGCUUAACAGACCCGAGCUGAGGAGUUGUUACGUCGAUCCCGAUGCCCCCGUCUGGAGCAAGAGACAGAUUCUGCUCAACGGCUUGAUCCGGCCAAUGAAGAUGCUGUUUCGCUCUCCCAAUAUUUUUGGUUUGUCGUUGUACAUUUCCUUUGCAUACGGCUGCCUUUACCUUCUGUAUAAUACAAUUCCAACCGUCUUUGAGGGCAGCUACGGCUGGUCGUUGGGCAUUACUGGAAUCACAUAUGUCUCGUUGCUUUUCGGAUACAUCAUCAGCCUGGUUUUCUUUGCUCUUCUGUCAGACGCCACCAUUAUUCGUAUGACGGCCGCCAAUGGUGGCGUCUAUGAGCCUGAGAUGCGUCUUCCUGAUUGCGUCUGGUUUGCGCUUGUCCUCCCCAUCACGUUCUUCUGGUAUGGCUGGGCUGCUGACAAGGCUGUUCAUUGGAUCGUCCCGAUUAUUGGAAUCGUGCCCUUUGGCGUUGGAAUCCUCGGAGUGUUGUUGCCCAUCCAAACAUACAUCGUCGAUGCAUAUCCAGAGUAUGCCGCCAGUGGCCUCGCUGCGUUUGCUGUAUUGCGGAAUUCUGUUGCUGCUUUCUUGCCUUUGGCUGGGCCGCAGUUGUAUAAGAGCCUCGGCGUGGGCUGGGGAAAUUCGCUGCUUGGGUUUAUUGCCAUUGGGCUAACUCCCAUCCCGAUUCUGAUAUACAAGUACGGGAAAUGGCUGAGACUUCGCUACCCCAUUAAGUUGUGA